AUGUUUGUCGACGCCAUAGUUUUACUUGUCUUGUUGGUUGUGUUCAUCACAUACCUGAAACAAAGGAAAACCAAACUGCGCUCACCUCCAGGCCCCUAUCCGUACCCAAUACUCGGUAAUUUUCCACAUUUAGGGCCUGUGCUCCACACCUCACUAACUGAAUUAAGCAAGAGAUUUGAUGACGGAUUAUUUCAGCUUCAUUUGAUGGGUAAAAACAUUGUUGUUAUCAACAAAGGAAGUCUUGCCAAACACGUGAUUAUAUCUGAAGGAAGCAACGUAGGCGAUAGAACGACUGCRCAUGUCAUCGACGUCAUGACCAGAAAUGGAUGUAGUGUUAUAUUUGGAAAGUAUGGUCCCACAUGGAAGAAUCAACGAAAAAUWAUCCACUCAGGGUUGAGGUACUUUAAAAAAGAUAUCAACAAACUUAUUAUGAACGAAACGACAAUCUUGAUUGAAAACAUCAAGAGAACCAAUCAAAAACCCUUUGACCCCAAAUUACCCAUAACACUUUGUGUCAUGAAUAUUAUUUGUUUUCUAACAUACGGUCAGCGGUAUGAUCUAGAAGACGAGGAAUUUCUUCAAAUYAUCAGAAAUGCGGAGGAACUAUCAGAGAUUGCGUCACCAAAGAAUCCACUUAUCUUGUUGCCAUGGCUGCGGUAUUUUCCUUUUCAGAUGGUUAAACAUAUGAAWGAUGUCAUCAAGGAGAGGGAUGACGUCAUCAAGAGGAAGGUUUGUCAGCAUGUCGACAGCUACAAGGAAGGAGUGAUAAGAGAUCUAACCGAUUACAUGUUGAAAUCAAUGGACAAUUCAAGUUCUUUGACAAAAGAUCACUUAGAAAUGGCAGUGAGUGAUGUCUUUCUUGCUGGCUUUGAAACAACAACAACAACUUUACGAUGGAUUCUGCUGUAUCUUGUACUCUACCCUGAAGUUCAAGCAAAAAUUCAUCAAGAAAUGGAUGAYGUGAUGUCUAACUUGCAGACAACAGCUAUAGARGAAUCGAAAUURCCUUUUCUAGAAGCAACCAUCAAAGAAGUCAUGCGCAUUAGCCCUGUCUUCCCAUUAAUWAGACGCAAAGCUACCAGCGACYUCAAGAUAAAAGGAUAUGAUAUUCCAAGAGGGACGUUUGUUUAUGUAAACUCAUGGGCCAUUCACCAUGACCCUGAUGACUGGGAGAACCCCAAUGAAUUUAGACCCGAGAGGUUCCUAGACAAAGAUAACAAGGACGGCUGUGUGCUCCCAUUCGGUGCUGGAGUCAGGGUCUGCRUUGGGAAAUCUUUGGCCAAGUCAGAAUUAUUUCUAAUAGUCUCUUGUCUUCUUCAGCAUUUUAAGUUUGUCCUUCCAGAGAAUGGUGAGCUGCCGAGCACGAAUGGUGUAGCGAGUACGGUGUAUUGGCCAAAGCCUUUCAAGGUGUGUGCAAUAGAACGACUUCAUCGCUAGGAGACGACGCUGGCUUACAUUAGUGACAAACUUUCGCAGAC